UGCUCGGUACGGAUUACUUGGCAAUUAUCAUUGUGGAACGGAUUGGAGUUUCCUCAAUUUUCGGUUCCAGCAAUUUUAGUUGUCAAAAAAAACAGGCGUUGGUGUGUUCAAUUUUUAAACUACAACAUAUUAUACAUGGCUGCACUCACCGCACUGCACACUUACCGUCAAUUAUUACGUGAAGUAAAUCGACAGUUUACCAAGACCAAUGACAUAUUCGCUAAACAAUUAAAGACGAUUUAUCGAGAUAACCAGGGUGUUACUGAUCCAUCCAAAGUUGAAGCACUUAAUCGUAAUGCAGAAAAUGUCUUGACGUAUCUGAGAAGCUCACGACAACACAAAGAACUUCGAGACAUGUACUCGGCUAUUGUUUUGGAGCAAAAGAAGAGAAUCGAAUUAUCGGCAAAGCGAGUAGGCUUGGAAAUGCCCAAGCAAUAUUCACCGGAAGAAGCCUCAACGGACCGUGUCAUGAAGGCAUUUCAAAAGUAAAAAACAUUGUAUACAUACACAAGCGUAAUUAAUAAAAGCAGAGGAAUAAAGAAAAGAGGAGA